UCAUAUUUUUUGUGCCCGAGUAACAACAGGUCACCAGGGGUUGAAUAUAUUCCAUAAGAGGCCAGAGAUCAUUAUGGUAGCAUGGCUAUAUGAUGAUAAGCGUUGGUCUCUGGGAAACACCUUGGUUUUAUCUCCUUACUCAGAUCAGAGCUUCUCUAUUGUGCAAAUCCUCUUCCGGUAAAAGUAGAAGUUCAGGAGCUCUUUUAUCAAUCUCAUAUGGCAAGCAACAACAACGAUAGCCAAAACCAGCAAAGCACCUAUUUAGGGAAGGCCAUGGAAGUUUGCAAUGGGGGUGACACAAAGAACCAGUGGGACAAACUCCCCAAUGACAUGGUCCAGACGUUACUGGGACUACUUCCCACAGAAGAUAUCUUCUGGUGCCAAAUGGUUAGUAAGACAUGGUAUACGAUUUUACACUCCGCAUCAUUUCAUUUGACAUCAAAUCAGUUAUUUGAGCGAUGCCUGUGGUUUUUACUUGUCAAUGUUAAGGAUAGUUAUGUGUACAAUAUGGAAACUGGUGAUUUGAAUCCCAUAAAGUUAAAACUACCCAAGGAAAGAUGUGUCGUUCCUAUUGCUGGAUCAGGUGGACUUGUGUGUUUUGUAUCUAAAUUUGACAAUUCAUCAUACAUGUGCAAUCCUUACACUGGUAUGAUACGCACGCUACCUUGUUUUGAUUCAAACGUUAUUGACUCAACCAAGGGAGUAGCGAUGAAUUACUCAUCAUCAGGAUUACAAUAUGAAGUAUUUGUUCUGUAUGGAAAUAUGCAGGUGAAAGUAUUUUCUUCUUUAGAACAGGAGAAAGCUUGGAUUGAGUUACCAGCUGCACGAGAGUAUACAAGUUCAGGAAACUGGUGGAUAAAUGAUGUACCAAUUAUCGGAAAGAAAGGUAUAACAGUUAAUGGUAGUGAAGGUCAAAUUUUAGUCUUACAAAAUUCUACGUUAAUCUGUUUUAAUGAAGAAAAAGGCACAAUAUCAGUCUGUCCACAAUUAAGUUUGGGUGAGAAAGUACAAGUACUUCCUGUAGGCUUGGUUGAGUGUGGUGGAAGGGUUUUAGCGAUGAUUUCAAAGAGAGGAAGACAAAUAGAUAUUUGGGAGUUUGAUUACAAGCAGACAGGUGAUGGAGUCGCAUCUCUUCGACUUCAACAAAGAUGUCAACAUUUUCCAGAAUUGUGCUUUUGUAGAUAUGCAUUUCAGCCACCUGUAAUUUUACAACUGAGAAAUUCAAGAAAGGGAUGUUAAGAGGGAUCCAUAGAUAAUCAUAAGGAACAAAUACAAGUUCACAUUUGGUCGAGAGACCAAACUAGAG